AUGACCGACCGUUUCGCGCGCACAGACGGAUCAACAGUUUCACCAUGCAACACGACCGCGGGGCUUUAUUGCGGAGGGACAUGGAGGGGUACAAUAGACAAGCUCGACUAUAUUCAAGGGAUGGGAUUCGAUGCUGUCAUGAUCUCUCCUAUAACUGAAAAUGUUGAGGGUCGAGUUUCCUACGGUGAAGCCUACCACGGAUUUGCUGGAUCUCAGCGAUGCUGUGCAUUCCCGGGGAUGUAUCUCAUGAUGGAUACUGUCAUUAACAACAUGGCCUACGUCACUAAUGGGAGCAACCCAGCCACCCAUAUUGACUACUCGGUCUUCACGCCAUUUAAUAAUUCCGAUUACUUUCACCCCUACUGCAAAAUCACGGACUGGACCAAUUACACCAACGCACAGAACUGUCAAACUGGAGAUAAGAUCGUGCCCCUUCCAGACCUCUUCACUGAGCAUAAAGAUGUCCAGAACCUCCUCGAGAAAUGGGCACAGGAUACGAUGGAAACGUAUUCGAUUGAUGGACUUCGAAUCGAUGCCGCCAAACACGUCAGCUCAGGAUUUCUACACAGUUUUGACAAGUCAACGAGCGCAUUCAUGACCGGAGAGGUGCUUGAAAUGAGCAAGGACAUCAUUUGUGAUUACCAACACAACUACAUCCAAAGCCUUCCAAACUAUCCAAUCUACUACGCGAUGCUGGAGGCUUUUACAAAAGGCAACAUCACCCGUCUCGCGACGGACGUAAUCGAGAUGAAGGCAAUUUGUCCCGAUGUGACAGGCCUUGUUUCCUUUUCCGAGAACCACGAUGUGCAGCGUAUUGCUAGCUUCAACGAUGAUAUUGCACUCGCGAAAAAUAUCCUUGCCUUCACCAUUCUUUUUGACGGCAUCCCGAUGAUCUACCAAGGGCAAGAACAACAUCUCAAGGGCUCUGGCACUCCAUUAAAUCGACAGGCCCUGUGGCUGUCUGAAUACAACUCCGAUUCUGUUCUCUACAAGUUGAUCUCUAAGCUCAAUGCUAUCAAGAGCCACGCCCAAAGGAUAGACAAAAAUUACAUCCACACCGAAUCGCGUGCUGUCUUUGAAGGCGGAAGUGAGCUUGCCUUUGUGAAAGGUAUUGAGGGGCUCCAAGUUCUCAUGCUCCUCUCAAGUCAGGGCAAAUCUGGCAAACCCUACACUCUCAGUUUACCAUUCAGCUUCAAUGCCGGCACACAGGUCACCGAGGUGCUUAAUUGUAAAAAUUACACUGUCGACAAUCAAGGUGAAUUGAAGCUCGACAUGGACGCAGGCGAACCUCGAGUUUUCUUUCCCACCAAAUACAUGGGAGGCAGUGGUCUUUGUGGAUAUUCAUCCUCCAACAUCAGCCUUGCAGAUCUCAAGAUGGGCUACUCAUCGGGCAAAUCUCUCGGGAAUCCUACGCGUGUAAACCCGACCGGUACAAUUUUGGUUUCCUUUAUUCUCUUGCUGCUUUUAAGCAUUGAAAGGCUCUUUUAA